UCUCCUCUCCAAAAGUGGAUGCUCAACUCAGAGUAUUUUCUGAGCUCUUUAGUUUUUUCAAUAGGAAAUUCUAGAAUUUUCUUGCAAAAGAGAGACUCAAAGAUUUAAGCUCUUCUCAAUAACGCACUCUGUGUUCGUUUUUGUGUCAGAAUUUAAUGUGUGUUUAAUAAGGCGUAAUUAAUUUACUGUUGUGAUCAGAUUACGGACUUUAAUACUUAGGAUUUAAUUUUGAUUGAUUCAUAUAAUCUACAAGGAGAUUGAGAUAAUCUUUGACCUGAGCCAGAUUGUGUACAAAUUCGAGUUUGUUAAGCUGAUUCAGUGAAUUCGAACCCCUGCAAGUGUUUCACUGAAAUCUUUCUUUUGAUCAGUAAUGCUGGAGUAUUUAUAAUUUGCUCAGUGACACACGCGGGUGGUUUGUGCUGUGUUUGAAUUUCCUGCAGUAAUGGCGCAGAGUAAUUGGGAAGCAGAUAAGAUGCUGGAUGUUUACAUUCAUGACUAUCUGCUGAAACGAAAGCUGCAUAAUUCUGCAAAAGCUUUCAUGACGGAAGGAAAUGUUGCUACUGAUCCUGUAGCUAUUGAUGCACCUGGAGGAUUUCUUUUUGAAUGGUGGUCUGUGUUUUGGGACAUUUUCAUUGCACGGACAAAUGAAAAACAUUCAGAGGCAGCAGCAGCAUACAUAGAGACUCAACAAAUGAAAGCAAGGGAGCAGCAGCAUCAACAGCAGUUACAAAUGCAGCAAUUACAACUCAUGCAACAAAGAAAUGCACAGUUACAGCGAAGGGAUCCAAAUCAUUCCCCCAUUGGUGGUCCUAUAAAUGCUAUCAACUCCGAAGGUAUGAUGGGGCAGCCAUCUGCCAGUGUAUUGGCAAUGAAAAUGUACGAGGAACGAAUGAAGCACCCUCAGUCCAUGGACUCGGAGACAUCUUCAGCUCUUAUGGACCCCAAUAGGAUGGCACUUCUCAAGUCAGCAUCUAAUCAUCAAGGCCAGUUGCUACAAGGAAAUUCAGGGAACAUGUCUGCAGCAUUGCAGCAGCUACAAGGACGGUCUCAGCUGGCAACUGAUGUUAAAGGGGAAAUGAACUUGGGUGGCACUCAGAAGUCUUUGCCCAUGGAUCCUUCAUCAAUUUACGGGCAAGCAAUUCUUCAGUCAAAGGCUGGACUUGGUGCAGGGUUGAACCAAGGUGUCACUGGUCUACCAUUGAAGGGUUGGCCUUUAACAGGAAUCGACCAGGUAAGGCCCAGCUUGGGUUUGCAAGUACAAAAGCCCAACUUACAGACCCAAAAUCAGUUUCUUUUGGCAUCACAACAACAACAGGUCCUAGCUCAAGCUCAAGCCCAAGCCCAAGGUAACCUUGGAAAUUCACCUAAUUAUGGGUUCGGUGGAUUACCUAGAGGAAACUUUAAUGCUAAAGAUGGUCAACCUCCAAGGAAUGAUGGAUCCAUUUGCUCUCCAGUACAGUCAAAUUCACCAAAGAUGAAAAUGUCCCAAAUGCAGCAAUCUUCCUCUCAACAACAGGACCAGUUGCAGCAGCAGCAACAGCAGCAACUGCAACAGAACAACAGAAAAAGGAAGCAACAUUCGUCUUCUGGACCUGCUAAUAGUACUGGCACGGGUAACACAGUUGGGCCUUCACCAAGCUCACCAGCAUCAACACAUACCCCAGGUGAUGGGAUGACUAGCGUGUCAAAAGGCUUGAUGAUGUAUGGAGGAGAGGGAACUGGUGGUAUUGCAUCUUCUACAAAUCAGCUGGAUGACUUAGGGGAGACUUUUGGAGACAUUGGUUCUUUCGAAGAUAAUGUGGAAUCAUUCCUGUCAAAUGACGGGGGAGAUGGAAACAUCUACGGCACAUUGAAGCAAACUCUUACUGAGCACAAGCCUGAUUCUUCAAAAGGUUUCUCCUUCGGUGAAGUUGGUUGUAUACGCACGAGAAAUAAAGUGACUUGCUGUCAUUUCUCAUCGGAUGGGAAGUUGCUUGCUAGUGCUGGACACGACAAGAAGGCAGUUCUUUGGAACAUGGAUACUCUGCAAACACAGAACACCCCUGAGGAACAUCAAUACUUGAUUACAGAUGUCCGCUUCCGGCCUAAUUCUUCUCAACUUGCAACUGCUUCAUUUGACAAGUCUGUGAGAUUAUGGGAUGCUUCCAAUCCUAGCUAUUGUUUGCAAGCUUAUACGGGGCAUACUUCUCAUGUUAUGUCGCUGGAUUUUCACCCGAAGAAGAACGAUCUCUUCUGUUUUUGCGAUAGCAACAAUGAAAUUCGCUACUGGAGUGUUAGUCCAUUUUCUUGUACUCGGGUGUCCAAGCAAGGAGGCAGUGCACAAGUGAGGUUUCAGCCAAUGACCGGCCAUCUGUUGGCUGCCGCUUCAGAUAAGGUGGUUUCCAUCUUUGAUGUCGAAAAUGACAGGCAAAUUCAUUCCUUCCAGGGACAUCCUGGAGUGGUGAACUACCUGUGUUGGGAUCUAAAUGGUGAGUUACUGGCAUCAGUUAGUGAGGAAUCUGUCAAAGUUUGGUCAUUGACCACCGGUGACUGCAUUCAUGAGCUAAGUGCUACCGGGAAUCAGUUCCACUCUUGCGUGUUUCAUCCUAGUUAUUCAGCUUUGUUGGUGAUUGGAGGAAUGAGGUCUUUGGAGCUGUGGGAUAUGGUUGAGAAUAAAAGCAUGACAGUUCCAGCACAUGAUAACAUUAUCGCUGCUCUAGCACAGUCACCAGCGACUGGAAUGGUUGGUUCUGCAAGUCAUGACAGUUCGGUCAAGUUAUGGAAAUGAAGGAGAUAUGAUUCAAUGUCAAAGAUGUCACCAUAAAAGCAGUUGGCAUUUGCUUGUAUUUUCUGCAUGUAACAAAAAAUAUUUCUAGGUAUCUUUAUAGCUUGUUGUUUUUGAUAAAGAAUAACCAUGAUUGUGCUUGUUAUAGUAAAACAUUAGAGAGAGGUUUGCGGUUGAGAAGCAAGUUGCACUGAGCCAUAGUUCUGUAGUGUUAAGAUAAUUUCUUCACCCUUAGGGUGAGUAUUUCCUCUUAAAGAUACAACAAGCGUAGUGGUUAAUUGAAUGGGUAAAGUUCUUUUGUUAGAUGCA